AACAGAAGUCGGAGGAAGGAAAGAUGACCACAAUGGAUAUUGCUUGAUAUUUGUCAUUUGAAGAAAUUAUAGAGUGAAAAUGGCAUCUAUAUUGAAGAAUCAGAUCCUCAAGCAUCUGUCUAAAUUCACAAAGAAUUUAUCCCCAGACAAGAUCAACUUGAGCACGCUGCGGGGCGAGGGAGAAUUAUCUAACUUGGAACUCGAUGAGGACAUUCUAAUGGACCUCAUGGAUCUUCCCACGUGGAUGAAGCUCAAGAAGGCCGUCUGUAACAAACUCACCAUCAAGAUUGCUUGGACAAAACUGAAGAGCCAGCCUAUAAGUAUAUACUUGGAUGAAGUUAUUUUAGAAAUGGAAACAUGUGAUGACCCAAGGCCACCAAAUAACCCUGCACAUUUAGCAAGUUACAGGUCGGGAGGAAAGUAUGGCUUUUCUGACCGAGUUAUUGAUGGUAUAUAUGUCCAUAUAAAUGCUGUGUCGGUCAAAUUUAUGUCCAGGAAAUUCCACGCAUCUCUACAGCUUUCCCGAGUUGUAGUCCAGAGUAAAACUCCAAAUUGGCAGAAGACGGAUGAUCUCCGGUCAACCAAAAUCCGAGAAUCUAGUCGUGGUGAGAUUCUCUUGUUCAAGGAAGUUGAAUGGCAGACAACUCGGAUUGAAGCCACAGCGGUGGAAGGAGAGACAAACGACUUCCUACUGACACCCCUACGCCUCAUAGCCAACCAAUCAAAAAUCAGGAUCACCAUCAAGAAAAACCUAAGUGACUGUAGCAUCAUCUCCACACGGGUGAUGCUGUUUCUUGACGACAUCCUUUGGGUGCUGACUGACACGCAGUUAAAGGCGGCCAUCUUGUAUGCCAAUUCACUACGGUUGAUGAUUGAGAAAUCCAGAGAACAGAGCAAAAAGCUGGCAGCAGAAACAAUAUUGAUUAACUCUUCGAAGAUAUCUAAUAGGAAAAAAGCCUUUGUCGUCAGGGCCAGUACCGACAGAUGUAUCCCUCAGCAUCAAGCUUCCCAGCGACCACGCUCCCAGUCCAAUGCCACACCGGCCCAGUUCUUCAUGAAAUACGAUGUACAGACUACUUCCUACCAUCUCAUUAGUAGUCGUAUUGACCUCCACCUUUGUGACGAUUCCUCACCUGAGUCUGAUGUACAAAACAACCCGAAUCACAACAAGAGCAUUGAAGGCGGAGCUAUGCAAAUCACGUUCAACAAGCUGUCUGUAGACAUCUACCCUUUUAAUCCAGCAGGUGGAGAAAGGAAGCACUGGUAUCGGUACAUGGACAAUCAAGGAUCUCGAAACUAUUGGGUCCAGCAGCUGUUUGCUGCCUUCAAACAGGAAGUGGCGCAGGCCCGUGAAACAUGCUGUGUUGCUUCUCCGACCCAGUCACCUGCUCAUGAACCAACCAAUCCCAGGCCUUCAGAGAAACAACAACCAGUAAAUCAGAAUCCUAGUGGUAGUAGAUCUCCACCACCGCCACCUACUCACCAACAAGUCCCACCCAUCCGAGUGCCAACCCAGCGUCCACGGAGUACAAAGUUACUGGAGAGCUGUACUGUCCUCAAAAUAGAGGAAUUUAUUAUCUACCAAGUUUCCACAGCGGACAACAAACGCAACACUCCCAGCAAGUUCCUUAGCUCGGACAAAAAGCAGCUCCACCUCCCAACAGACAUGUCCGUAUUACACAUGGAGUACACGGACUACUUCUUCCCAGAGGGCAUCAACUACCCAGUGCCCCAUGCUAACCUGUACAUGCUGGUAAACCCGAUUCGACUCAACCUGGACUACCUGACACUUCUGUGGGUCAACUUCUUCAUGCUGAACCUCUCACAGUCUGUGACACCUGAGAUGUUAGACGACACGCCAAAACAACAUGUAGACAUCAAAAUUGAGGCCCUCAUGCCCAGGGUGAUAGUAUCUGCUGAACGGAAGGUGGAAAACCAACCUGACCGGCCUGAGGGUGUCCAACUCCAAGUUUCAAAACUUUGUGUCACAAAUACCCAUGUAGAGGAACACACAGGAAGGGCGAACCUCACAGAGGUGCUGAAUCAGUAUAAUGGCGGCCACCUCUUCACUUCGUCACAGUACCCAAACAACAACAACCCACUUAUAAGUGUGCCCCAACACUUCAGUACGUUUGCGAGCGGACGUGACAAUGCCUAUAUGCAGCGUUAUGCUAAAGAACUAGUGGCAGGACGGUUACCCCAGGGAAUGGAAUCACAGGCAGGGUCAGAGGCCAUCGCCAAACUCCUCAAAACCAACACUCUAAAGCGUAAUGCUAGCUUUGACAUUUGGUGUGUGUGUGCCGAUCAGGCGUGGUUGGAGUUUGUAGGAGUUCCGGUUUCGAAAUCUCGUCCUAUUCCAUUUGUCGAGUCCGUGCCUGUGACUCUUUGGUUCUGUAUGCCUAAUGUGAUGGACGAGGCAGAAACAAAACUCAGCCAAAAUAACCAGCUUGAUGUGAUUGGAAUCGGCGGAAAUAGCAGAAGAGGAAGUAGUAAUGCUAAUUCUCAUCAAUCAUCCCCAGAGCGUAACCAAUAUAACUCCUCGUCUCCACCAAGAGAUCGGCCCUCACGAAAGCUUCUCAAGGAAUAUUACUCAUCGGACAGUGAAUCCUAUGAUACCAGCCCAGAUGAAAUACCACCUUCUUGUGAUGAAACGAACAAAUCUCCAAAAUGUGAGGACAAAGGACAGUGUUCACAACUGGCCACUUAUAACCUUGUGACCAAGGUCGGGGGUACAGUCAAAGCCCAGAUGAAUCAUUCCCAGUUCCUGUUUUUAAUGCGACUUUUAGAAUCGUUUGCCGUCUUCCAAACUCAGUUGACAGCAGAUGUAGAAUAUUUUCUGGGGACGUCCACCACACCCACCACAUUUUCUGUCCCGCUUGUGGUCCCUGAUGUCGAGUUUGUCAUGGUGUGUCCCUAUGUGGCGGAGUUACUUCCCUUUACACACAACAUACCGAAUAGUCCUUCUGGGGUGAGUCUACGAGAUGGAGAUCUGAUAGAGGAUGGAGAUUUAAAGGAAGAAGACUUCACAUCAAAUGGACCUUAUGAUGACAGUAAGAUUAAUAACAGUAUGGCAGAUUCUGGAUCGCAGUGUUCCUCACAUACGGCAAUCUCCAAGUCUCUCAGCGAUUCCAAGAUCCAGUGUCACACGGGCCUCGGAGUGACGGGAGAGGAAGAUCUCCAUAACACAGGAAUGUUUGUGUCUGCUCAGAUAUCUCACUCAAGUCAGGGACUCUCUGAUUCGCACCAUGAUUCUUCAUCCGGUUACGAUUCCAGUUUCGGUUCUCGUGGAUCAGGCUCGCAGCAAAUGAAGAAAUCAGCCAAUAAGGCGGCAGAUCAAGUUAAAAAAUCGUUCUCGUCUGCCUUGUCUGGUAUUACUGGUUUUACAGACAAAAUUAAGGCAAAAAUGGACCAAAAUGAAGAAAUGGAGGAUAUAGAUACGAUGAGUAUUAAAACAGAUAUAUCUGAUGAUGAUUUAGACUUUGAGAUGUUGAAUUUAGAGGAAGCAGAAAUGCCCGCGUUCCAUCAUCCAAAUAUUGGUGUAUCAGAGACAGCCUCUUCCACGGAUACCGACCUGCUGGAUGAUGUGUCGAGUUUAUACGCCGAGAGCUCGGCAGCAACCAAAGGGAGAGAACUGGUGUCCGUGAUCGCGUUUCGUAUAUGUGGGUCCGAGAUUCUCAUGCAGAAUAAUGGCAGUGAUACAGCUAUUCGCAUCCAGGCACGGCACCUUAAUACCAACCAACCAGGCAAUAUGUACUAUGAGGACUUUUACAACAAAUUUACAUCAACACAAGGUAUUUUUGGCCAGAGUGAUGUUUCCCCAGAUGAUAUGAAAUCCUUCACAAUCAAGCUAAAGAUCGUGUCUGGACCAGGAGCUGAUGCUGAGCUUCCAAUCACAACAAAGACAGACUCCCCUGGGUACCUUAGUGUCAUGGCAGAGAAGUGUGGACUCGCCUUCAACACCUCAAGUCUAGCCAACAUGGCCAAAUUUGUGGAGGAUGAAGCGACUGGACAGGCCCUACCAAUGCACGUCACUGUCAGUGACUUCCACUUAUCAUUGAAGGAUGAUGCACCAAAACCCAAUAUACCACCAGCUCCACCAGUAGAAUGUUUGAUCCAUAAGCUGGCCAUAUCGCGCGGCUAUGACGGCAUCUUUCAUUUAACAGCUGAAUCAGUCUUGUCAAGUGGUCCUGAAGUAAAACAAUUACCAGAACAACAGAAAAUGGACGAGGAGGAAGAGGAAAAACAACCACUCUCAAAUCAGGCAUUAUUUCAGGAAAAUCAACAGCUCAAGAAAUCUUUAGAGGAAAUGUCUAACGUCCUACAAAACCAAAAACAGUUAAACAGAAAAAUUCAACAAGACAUGGAAAGUUUACAAAAGGAAAAAGAAAACCUGCAAAGUAAACUCAACAAGAUUUCGUUGCCAAGCAACGGCACCAAUGACAGUGAGAUCCACACGAACACAGUGAUCACUGAGAAUCUGAAGCUUCAACACAAGAUGGUGUCUCAGGAAGAUGAGAUCAACACCCUGAUGAAGGAAAAGAACUCUUUAUUGGACACACUGAAACUUCUACAGGAUGAACUGUUGGAGUCAGGAGUCACGGCGACGGCGAUUCGACCAUCACAGUUAACCACACCCCCAACUAAGCAAAUAUUGGUGACACACAACGGAAGGGUUUAUCUGAGGAAGAAUGUCAAUGAGUUCACAGUUCUAGGUAUGAGUGAUAUAGUGAUGAUUGUUGUGAAAUACUAG